AUGAAAUUUUCUGCUGUUGCUAUCGCCUCAGUGGCUGCUAUGUCCGCUAUGGUUUUCGCCGACGACGCUACUACUACUGACGUGACCACCACCACUACGUCAAAGAGUACUCACAAGUACGGUAAGUUCAAUAAGACUUCAAAGUCUCAUGCCCCAAAGAACACUGGUACUCACAAGUACGGUAAGUUCAACAAGACUUCCAAGUCCCACGCUCCAAAAAACACUGGUACUCACAAAUACGGUAAAUUCAACAAGACUUCAAAGUCCCACGCUCCAAAGAACACUGGUACUCACAAGUAUGGUAAGUUUAACAAGACUUCAAAGUCUCACGCUCCAAAGAAUACCGGUACUCAGAAAUACGGUAAGUUCAACAAGACACCAAAGUCCCACGCUCCAAAGAACACCGGUACCCACAAAUACGGUAAAUUCAACAAGACUAAACAUCAAAAGUCCACCAGUUCUCCACAAGCUAAGGCUGUCUCUGCCAAUGGCGCUCCAUCCAACUUCGGUGCUGCUGGUGCCUUCGGUUUAACUGCCGGUGGUGCUUUCAUCGCUGGUGCUUUAAUGCUAUUGUAA